CGCGGCGUCCGCUAAGUAGAGUUCUCCGCUCGGGCCAGGCCAUCCGCUCUGGACCAUGUACGCUGGUAGUGCAGCCUUGGGCGCCCGCUCCCGCCCCGCUCCCGCCUCCCGGGACGCGGGUGCACCCGGCCAGCUGCGAAGCCAGGGCCAGCGUCUGGCGGCAGCGGUCCCUGGGGUCCUGGGACCCUCAGAGCAGAGGAGCACAGGUGCAUAUACCUUGAUAGCACCAAAUGAAACUCGGAGACACCAGAUGCAAAGGAUUGCUGAGCAAGAGCUGGCCAGCCUGGAGAAGUGGAAGGAACAGAAUAGAGCUAAACCAGUUUAUCUUUUGCCAAGACGGCUGGGUGGAAGCCAGUCAGAGUCUGAAGUCAGGCAGAAGCAACAGCUCCAACUAAUGCAAUCUAAAUACCAGCAAAAGCUAAAAAGAGAAGAAUAUAUAAGAAUCAAGAAGGAAGCUGAAGAAGCUGAGCUUCAAAAAAUGAAGGCAAUCCAGAGAGAGAAGAGCAAUAAACUAGAGGAGAAAAGACAACUUCAAGAAGAGUUCAGAAAAAAAAUAUUCAUGGAGCAUCACCAAUACAAAACUGCUGAGUUCUUGACGGUGUCACACAGACGUGCCUGUCAGUCUUCUUCUCGUGGUCCGCAGACAUCAACAUGGGGUAUAUGAGAAAUACUGAUUUCCAUCUGACCUUCAUCAGUUGACCUUGAAAAAGCUCAUGGGAUCCUUUUCCUUAAUGCAAUUCAGUUUAACCUCACUGUUUAUUUUUUAUUGUUCAC